UGUUGCCUCAAAAUUACUACAUGCUAAUUGGCAAUCUUUGCCGUGAAAGCAUCUAUGUGACCUCUUAUAAUGUUUGAUAGUGGUUACAAGUCAGAGUACACUGGUGGCCAGAGGGAGAAAUUUGUGAGAUUGGAAGAUAUGGACUCUACAAUGGCAUUGAAUACUAAUACUGGUGGGAUGAAGAAACGUGGGUUCAGUUUCGGAGGAUUUUCCCUUAAUGGAGUUGGAAAGAACUAUCCAUCACAAAAUUUCAAGUUUGGGAUGAAAAAGGGGUCAGAAGGACUGAUAACAAUUGGUCGAACAAUCAGAACUGAAGUCUCUCGUGCAGUAUUCCCUGAGGAUCUUAGAGUAUCUGAGCAAAAGAUAUUUGAUCCUCAAGACAGAUCUCUUCUGUUAUGGAAUAGGCUUUUUGUCAUAUCCUGCAUUGUUGCAGUAUCUGUUGAUCCCUUAUUCUUUUAUCUGCCUGUCUUUAACUAUAAAAUGGUGUGCCUGGGCAUGGAUACAAAUCUAGCAGCCACAAUUACAGCUGCUCGGACAUUACUUGAUGCUUUCUAUCUGCUUCGUAUGGCUCUUCAGUUCUGCACAGCUUAUGUUGCACCAUCAUCAAGGGUCUUCGGACGAGGUGAACUUGUAAUAGAUCCCGCACAGAUUGCUGCCCGAUAUUUACGCCGUUAUUUUGUUGUUGAUUUUCUUUCUGUGCUACCCUUACCACAGAUUGUGGUAUGGAAGUAUCUGACUAAUAAAAGAAAAGGUUCAGAAGUAUUGGCUACUAAACAAGCAUUGUUAAUUCUCGUUUUUCUUCAAUACAUCCCAAGAUUUCUCCGCUUUAUUCCUUUAACUUCAGACCUAAAAAAGACUGCUGGCGCUUUUGCUGAAAGUGCUUGGGCUGGUGCAGCCUACUAUUUGCUUUGGUACAUGCUUGCCAGUCAUAUAGCUGGGUCUUUCUGGUACUUACUAGCUGUUGAACGCAAGGACACAUGCUGGCAGAAAGCUUGCAAAGAAAGUGGAAAAUGUGAUAUAAGCUUCUUGUACUGUGGCAACAAGGUAUUGCCUGGUUUUCAUGAGUGGCGAAGGAUCAGCGAUGCUGUCCUUUCAAACUAUUGUAAUGUUGAUGAUAAUGGUGAUUCACCAUUUAAUUAUGGAAUCUAUACACAAGCUAUGUUGUCAGACAUUGUUGCGUCAAGGAUAUUCAUUGCUAAAUUCUUUUACUGCUUAUGGUGGGGCUUGCAAAACUUGAGUACACUUGGUCAGGGUCUUGAAACCAGCACCUAUCCUUUAGAGGUUUUAUUUUCCAUUGCAAUAGCCAUUUUCGGGCUUAUCCUCUUUGCACUUCUGAUUGGAAACAUGCAGACCUACCUUCAAUCAAUAACAGUUCGUCUGGAGGAAAUGAGGAUCAAAAAGCGUGAUUCGGAGCAGUGGAUGCAUCAUCGCUUGCUUCCUCAGGAUCUCAGGGAGCGAGUCAGGCGCUAUGAUCAAUACAAAUGGUUAGAAACUCGGGGAGUUGAUGAAGAAAGCUUGGUCCAGAGUCUACCAAAAGAUCUCAGAAGAGAUAUCAAGAGGCAUCUUUGUUUAAAUUUGGUCAGAAGGGUUCCUCUCUUUGCCAAUAUGGAUGAAAGGCUGCUAGAUGCUAUUUGUGAAAGACUGAAACCGAGUCUAUACACAGAGAAAAGUUACAUUGUCCGAGAAGGUGACCCCGUCGAUGAGAUGCUGUUCAUCAUCCGUGGCCGCCUGGAGAGUGUGACUACUGACGGUGGAAGGAGUGGAUUUUUCAACAGAGGAUUCUUAAAAGAAGGGGACUUUUGUGGGGAAGAGCUUCUAACUUGGGCAUUAGACCCAAAAGCUGGUACUAGCUUACCAUCAUCUACUAGGACUGUGAAGGCCAUAACUGAGGUGGAAGCUUUUGCCUUGGAAGCUGAAGAGCUGAAAUUUGUUGCAAGUCAGUUCAGGCGCCUUCAUAGCAGGCAGGUCCAGCACACUUUCAGGUUCUAUUCACAGCAAUGGAGGACUUGGGCAGCCAUCUUAAUCCAAGCUUCUUGGCGUCGGUAUGCGAGGAGAAAAGCAGCAGAACUUCGUAUGCAAGAAGAAGCAGCAGAGUAUGAAGAGGAAGAAGAUGAUUAUGAUGAUGGGAGAUCAUUAGGUAAACAAAGUAGUUUGUCUGGGCUUCAUGCGACAUUAUUUGCAUCACGUUUUGCAGCCAAUGCUCUUCGUGCACGCAAGCUUCGCAACAGCGAAAGUGGAAGCUUGCUGAUACCACAGAAGCCCCCAGAACCUGACUUUAACGCAGACAGAGUUUAUACUGAUGAGUGAAUUGAAUUAGAUCAUUUUGCUUGCAUUUUAAAUCAUAUAUUUGUCACUAAUGUAAUAUUGUGUACUCAAUUCUACUUUAACCGUUCUCAUCCGCAGCAUACACGACGGAUCUAAGAGGUGGUAGGCAGGUGACCACCUCCUAAAAAUUUUAUUUUUUGAA